CUGCCCCACGCUGAUAGAAUGGAUUUACCGUGAUUAAAGCUGCAAAAUUUGUAUUAUAGCAAAUAUAUUACUAAAAGUAUUUAACAAUAAUAUUAAAAGGAUUUUCACUUUUUUUCAUUAUAGUGAAGAAAAUAAAAAAAAAUAUGGUUUUAUCGUGUAGCGUGAAGAACGUAAAUAAUCCGUCUAACCUUUUCAAAUUUGUUACGAGUGUGAAACGUUUUUCGCAAUAGAAAUGGGAACAAUUGUAUAGAAACUGUUUCAUGUUAAAUAAUUAUGAUGGAUUUAUUGAUAAUUAUUAAUUUCCACGUGUAUAGAUGCAAAAGAAUUUUCAAAAAACCUUGAAUGUUUUUGAGUACAUCGAAUGUAUAUCGUGUAUCAUUUUGUCGUAUAAGUUAUAGUACUGUACGGAUGUGAAAAUGAAUACAGUAAAACAUAAAAUAUGCAUGGUCUCUGACUUUUUUUAUCCCAACAUGGGUGGUGUGGAGGAGCAUAUUUUUAAUUUGUCUCAGUGUUUACUGGAACGUGGACAUAAGGUUGUAGUGCUUACGCACUCUUAUGGGAAUAGAAUCGGAGUACGAUAUAUGACAAAUGGCCUAAAAGUGUAUUAUAUACCAGUGAAGGUCUUCUACAAUCAAUGUGUUCUUCCUACAAUGAUUUGCUCCAUUCCUCUCAUUAGAUAUAUCUUUAUAAGAGAAAAGAUUCAAAUAGUACAUGGUCAUUCUGCAUUUUCUGCUCUUGCUCAUGAAGGAAUGCUAAUCGGUAGAUUAAUGGGACUGAAAACUAUUUUUACAGAUCAUUCCCUUUUCGGAUUCGCGGAUGCAUCUGCCAUCUUAACGAAUAAAUUUCUAGAAAUAUCGUUGGCCGAUUGCAAUCAUUGUAUAUGUGUAUCACAUACAGGAAAAGAGAAUACAGUGUUAAGAGCUAAAGUCCAAAAAGAGAAGGUCUCUGUUAUACCAAAUGCAGUUGAUACUACAUUAUUUAUGCCAGAUAUCAGUAAACGAAAUGAUAACUUUAUUACAAUAGUCAUAGUGUCGCGAUUAGUAUAUCGCAAAGGCGUCGAUUUAUUAGCUCGCAUUAUACCCGAUAUUUGUAGUCGACACGAGGACGUACAGUUUCUGAUUGCUGGAGAUGGUCCUAAAAGAUGGCUUAUAGAAGAGGUGCGAGAAAGAAACUUGUUACAACAUAGGGUCACUUUACUUGGAAGUUUGGAGCAUUCUGAAAUUAGGCAUGUCUUAAAUAAAGGUCACAUCUUUUUGAACACUAGCCUCACAGAAGCUUAUUGUAUGGCAAUCGUUGAAGCUGCCUCGUGCGGUCUUCAAGUGAUCUCAACAAAAGUUGGAGGCAUACCUGAAGUAUUACCUUCAGAUUUAAUUUAUUUAGUAGAACCUACAGUACCUGCCCUUAUUAAGGGGUUGGAGUCUGCCAUAACAGAUUACAGAGAAGGUAAUACUAGGUGUCCUUUUGAAACACAUAAAAGGAUAAGUUUGUUUUACAACUGGUUCAAUGUAACUAGAAGAACUGAGAUAGUGUAUAAUUUAGUAAAACAAGAAAACAGUAAAAAUUUAGGGGAACAAUUGGCAAGUUAUGUUCAAAGUGGAGUGUUAGCAUACUUGCUCGUUAUAUCGUUGUGUUAUAUUAUUUUACAAAUUUUAGAAUUUCUUGUUCCAAGAAAGUACAUUGACAUUGCAAAAGAUUACACAGAGAUAAACGUUAUUCAUACUCAGAGUGAAGGGAAACAAGAGUAACUUUUCAUCCGUAAAACCUAAAGCAACAUUCAAGUUCUUUGUGUAUUUUUUUAUCAAGUAACAUCCCUACCAACUUGUUUACCAAAUCGUUCAUAGUGUUACUUUUAAUGCAUCUUCCCACGCCAGAGGAAUAAUCGAAUGUUUGCAUGUAUAUAUAAUUUUUUGAUGAAAUACUUUCAUGUUGUAUAAACGUGUAUCUAUAAACAAACAAAAAAAUACAGUGUCCAAAGUAUAAAUAUAAUUGUU